AUGGCUCCACCUGCAGGAAAUUCCGACAUUGAGAUUCUCUCGCCAUCCCAAGGAAAUGCGGAUGAACAUUCGUUGAGAACCUAUUUCAAAACUAAAAUUUAUGAGGCUCAACAAAAAGUGAUGGAAAAAAACCAAAAUGUUCUCCGCCUACAAGCACAACGAAACGAGCUCAAUUCUAAGCUACGUUGGAGAAGUGAGCAAAGCCAUGGACAAGAAGAAAGUUUUGGUCAAGGUGUCCAUCCUGAAGGAAAAUAUGUCGUGGACGUUGAUAAGGGAAUUGAUGUUCAAUCUAUUAAUGCCGCUUGCCGUGUUGCUCUUCGGGCCGACAGUUAUGCUCUGCACAAAAUUCUGCCCAAUAAGGUUGAUCCUCUUGUAUCACUUAUGAUGGUUGAGAAGGUGCCGGACUCUACGUACGAAAUGAUUGGUGGUCUCGAUAAACAAAUUAAGGAGAUUAAAGAGGUGAUUGAGCUUCCUGUGAAGCAUCCGGAGUUAUUUGAAGCUCUCGGCAUUGCUCAACCGAAAGGUGUACUGUUAUACGGCCCUCCUGGAACUGGUAAAACUUUACUCGCCAGAGCAGUAGCACACCAUACUGAGUGUACCUUCAUUCGUGUGUCUGGUUCCGAACUUGUUCAAAAGUUUAUUGGAGAGGGAGCGAGGAUGGUUCGCGAACUUUUCGUUAUGGCCAGGGAACAUGCUCCUUCUAUCAUUUUCAUGGACGAAAUCGAUUCUAUUGGAUCGAGCCGGGUAGAGGGAUCUAGCGGGGGAGAUUCGGAAGUGCAACGAACGAUGCUGGAAUUACUGAACCAACUUGACGGUUUUGAAGCAACGAAAAAUAUAAAGGUGAUCAUGGCUACUAACAGAAUUGACAUCCUUGACCCUGCACUACUUCGCCCUGGUAGAAUUGACAGAAAGAUAGAAUUUCCUGCACCUGAUGAAAAGGCUCGCGCAGAUAUUUUGAAAAUCCACUCCCGUAAAAUGAAUCUGAUGAGAGGAAUCAAUAUGAAGAAGAUUGCAGAGGCAAUACCUGGGGCCAGCGGGGCUGAAGUCAAGGCAGUUUGCACGGAGGCUGGGAUGUUUGCUCUUCGUGAGCGACGUAUCCAUGUUACCCAAGAAGAUUUUGAGAUGGCGGUAGGAAAGGUCAUGCAAAAGGAUUCGGAGAAGAACAUGUCGAUUAAAAAGCUUUGGAAAUGA